AUGUCUGAAUCUUCCCCCAUCUUGCUGCAGCUCAGGUGCCUCUUGGUUCGUUUCCACUUCAAAGGUUCUCUUUUUCUUCCUCCAAGACAACUGGAGAUAAAGCUACAGCUGAUGCAAACGAAUCAGGUCUUGACUCAUAACCCUCCCAAGGUUCGAGAAGAGGAGGAGUUGUCAAUGGAUGAUUUGGUGAAGCUGGUGGCUGAGAAGGAAGAGCUACUGUCUGAAAAGGAGGAAGAGAUUAAGCAAAUGUUAUGGAUAGAACAAGACAAUUUUGCAAAGAGCCUUUUGGAUGUCGCGGAUAAUCUUGGAAGAGCUUCUUCGGUUGUCAAGGAAAGCUUUUCAAAGCUUGACACUACGAAAGAAGAUUUGGCUGGAGCGACUCCACUCUUAAAGACACUUUUAGAAGGUGUAUUUAAGAAAUUUGGUAUGGAGAAGUAUGAUCCAAUCAACGAGCCGUUUGAUCCAAACAGACAUAACGCAGUGUUUCAAGUCCCGGAUGCUUCUAAGCCACAAGGCACGGUUGCUCAUGUCCUCAAGUCUGGAUACACGUUGUUUGAUAGAGUUAUAAGACCAGCUGAGGUUGGUGUUACUCAAGGAGGAGAGAGCGAAGAAGACAAGAAAGAGUCUGAUGCUUAA